ACGUAUUUUAUAUAUAAACCUUAAGUCAUCUUUGUGGAUGUUGAAAACUGACGAAGUCUAAAUAGACUGCUGUGCUGAUGGAACACUCAGCAUACACAGUCCAAGCCCAAACUUGCAUUGUCGGUAAAUAAUUUCUGAGGGAAGAAUAUAUGAGUACAAGAUGAAGAAAAGUGGUAGCAUUUGGUAUUUGCAAUCACUAUUGGUGCUUCUUUCUAUGGUACUAAACACUGAAGCAAAAAUCCAAGAUUUUGACCUUAUCAAAAGUUUCGAACUCGGAAAAGGUCAGAUCACUGGGCUAGGCAGAAUAGAAGGCUAUCCUGGAGAACCGGAAGAAGCGUACAGAUUCGACAGAGGGUUAGCAAGGCUGCACUUGGGACCGGAGUUCGUUAGCGAUCUAGCUGAAGCAAGCAGAGAGUCUAAAAGUUUGACGAUCACUUCAAAUCUAAAGCUAGAUCGAAAAUCGUAUGGCACACUAUUAUCGAUAGAAACCGAAGGAGAAGGCAACUUGGUGUUUUCGCUCCUGUUCAGCUGCUUCAGUAGCUGCAGGAUCAGUCUGUACUACCCCGAAGGAAGCCUGACUUCCGUCACCUACUUUGAUAAAGUACCAAACAUAUCCGAUGGCAAAUGGCACAAGAUGGUGCUACACAUCCAAACUAACCGCAUGGGAAAACACGUGGUUUCAUUAUUCAUGGACUGUAGGUCUCUUGGCAAGAAAAAAAUAUCCGCAGGACUGGAUCAGUUGUUUCCGUUGUCGAACGAGAAAGUUAAAUAUGCUCUUCGUUUCGCGCAAAGAGGAGCCAGUAAUUCAGUAUACAUUCCAUGGAAGGGAAGCCUCCAGAGCGUUCUCCUAAUAUUCGGUGUUCGUUCCCAUUCCUUCGCGAAUCCAGUCGACUGUCUGACGAAAUCAACCCGACAGAUCCUGAGUGGACUGACAAAUAAGAAUAACAGGCAUAAGUAUCAACCGACAGUAAAAGUCGUCACAACCCAAAGGCGACAAACCACUAGUAAGGAUGCUACUACUGUCAAGUCAACACCAACUAAACCUCAGAAAGAUGGUACGACCAAGCCACAGCCUUCGGUGAGACCCAUAACCCAGAAGGAGAAACCAACAAGAAAUAUAGUGGAUAUUAUAACAUCAGGAGAAACAAGAUUUGGUGUGGCUGACGGUAGCAGUCCCACAACAGAACUGGUUCUUACUACUAGCGACGAAAAGCUUGAUUACUUAGUGGACAUGAUAAGACAGCUAAAAAAGGAACAAUUCCAUAGAGAAUCAGCACUAAGAAAGACAAUAGAAAUGUUACGCAUCGAUCUAAACAGCCAGUCACAAGAGGUACGAUACGUACGUUCAUUUCUGGAACAUGGUGGUGCUUGUAAGUCAGGUUCAUUGAUUCAGCAAACUGGAAAAAGAUUUGAUUCAAUUGGUACUAUUCUUCCUGGGAGAAAAACCGACCGACAAAAUCCAGUUGCAGGAGGAAAGUGCCUUCAAAAACCUUGCUUUCCAUUCGUGGAAUGUUAUGAAACACCUGAUGAAGGACUGGGCUUCAGGUGUGGUCCAUGCCCACCAGGAUUCACGGGGAAUGGUAUCCGAUGUGAAGACGUUAAUGAGUGUAAUCUAUAUCCGUGCUCUGCCCUUACGAAAUGCAUCAAUCUCAGGCCUGGGUAUCAAUGCACGCCCUGUCCUGUUGGGUAUUUAGGAAAUGCAUCAAUGGGCCUUGGAGUUGAGAUGGCAAGGAAAAAUAAACAGGUACGUACUCGUGUGGACAAAUUGUCAUAUUAUCCAACCAUGAAAUCAAAUUCAAUAAUUCCAAUUGGAAUUUCAGUGGAUAAAGAGCCACAUUCUCAACUCGGUUUUCAAGAUGGCAGCCUCCAGGGAUACUUACAGCUACUGCAGCGGAAAACAAAAGAAGGAUUGCAAUGUCCGGCAAAUACAAAGCGCAAAGAUGGGAGUGUUGGCUAUACCUCAUUUGCGAGUAACAUUCUAGAGUUUAAAAGCAUUAGUGGUGUUCCUAAAUGGUUGAAUCUAAGUUUACUUGACGAAGGACUAGGGAUAGAAGAAACUCUUAGGCAGAGAAAUGCAUCAUGGCAUAAGACGUGCCGAGACAUUUUUAAUAAUACGAAACUUGAGCGAGCAAAGAAAAGAAAACUUUCUGGUCAGCCUGAUGCUAAUGAAGACGAUACCCAGAUUGAAAGUGACGGGGGCGUUUGCAUUCCACUCAAAACAAGAAGAUCCAGUGCCACAUUGUCUUCCAAAGCCCUCUACUACUACUGUUUUUUCUGUGACAAGGAAGACAAUCCCAUAAAUCUACAUUCAUUUUCAACAUUUGAAGUGAACAAAAAGGUUGAGAGUUGUAUAGAUGCGGUGAAUGACAACAAGUUAAAAGCAAAGUUAAAUACGUGUGGAGAUUUAAUGGCAGCUGAGGCCAAAUACCACACUAAGUGCUUGGUGAGAUUAUAUAAUCGAGCCCAGCAGACAGCAAAAGUACAACUGCAGAAUGACGCAGAAAGGCCACCAAUAGAAUUAGAAGAGCUUGCAUUUGCAGAACUUUUCGCCUAUAUCGACGAAAGUCUUGAAUCAGAAGACUUGCCUGUAUUAAAAUUAUCUAAUUUGGUGAAAUACUUCUCGUUAAAGCUGCAUGAGCUUGGAGUAAAGUGUGAUAAUAAAAUUAACUCAACUCGACUUAAGGACAGGAUCUUGGAAACAUAUUCUGACUUGACAGCUCACUACGAGGGAAGAGAAGUACUACUG